AUGGGAGAUCAAGAGCUACCUGGAGUUUUGGUUUCUUCGUUUGAAGGACCAAAAAGCAUAUGUGAGGACCAUGUUGGAGAGCUGCAGAAACACUUCAAUCUUAUUACCAUGCAGGACUUUGUGAAAAAUAAAACACGCCUCAGUAAAAAUAUCCUAGCUGUCUACGUGUGGGCAGGACAUCCAGUUAUUGACGAGGAGCUCCUGCAGAGCCUGCCUGCCUUGAAGCUUAUCGCCAGUGGAGGAGUGGGCCUGGAUCACCUGGACCUGAAGCUCAUUGCUCGCUAUGGUGUGAAGGUGGCCAACACGCCACAGGCAGUCUCCAGCCCCACCGCAGACAUGGGAGUGGCCUUGUUGCUGGCUUCUGCCCGGAGGCUGGUGGAAGGUCACCAGCUGGUACAUUCACCAGAUGCAGAGAAUUUUUCGGUUAAUUGGAUGGGGCAAGAAGUGACAGGGGCUACCCUGGGAAUCAUCGGCAUGGGUACCAUCGGCUACAAGGUCGCUCAGAGGGCCAAAGCCUUUGAAAUGAAGAUUCUGUAUCACAAUAGGACCCGCAGGAACUUGGUGGAGGAGAAGGCCAUUGGAGCCACUUACUGUGAGCAGCUGGACGACUUGCUGCAGAGGUCCGACUUUGUGAUGUUGGCAACUAGUCUGACGCCCCAGACCCGGAACAUGAUUGGCAAGAGGGAGCUGAGACUGAUGAAACCCACUGGGAUUCUCAUCAAUAUCGGCAGAGGUCUAUUAGUUGAUCAUGAUGCCCUGCUGGAAGCUCUUCAGACUGGGAUGAUUAAAGCAGCUGCAUUGGAUGUGACAUACCCCGAGCCCCUGCCAAGAGACCAUCCUCUGCUGAAGUUAAAGAACAUCAUUCUGACACCUCACAUUGGGAGUGCAACUCAUCAAGCCAGACAACAUAUGAUGGAAAGUUUGGUUGAAAGCAUCCUGGCUUCCCUCAACGGUCUUCCCAUUCCUAAUGAAGUGCCUCCUAAAUGA